AUGGAAAUCUCAAACCCCCGCCGGAUUCUCGCCGUCGCGCUGAGCGACUCGACGCAGCAUUUGAGCAAUGUCAUCAAAGACCUAACCGGCACCCACCCAACCCCCCAACCCACCCCAUCCCCCGAAGAGGACGCGGAAGAAGAAGAAGAAGCCCAAAAAGAAACACCACCCAAAACCACCACCACCACCACCACCACCCCACCAGCAGAGGCCCCCCAACCCACGACAACAACAACAACCCCCCCGGGCCUCCCGACAGCACCAGAAACGACCCCAGCAACAACCCUCGCCGGCACAACCCACGCCCUCCCCCUCAAAACCGCCUACUACACCGCCUCCGUCCCCAUCUGGCUCGACCUGAUCGCCUCCCCCACCGAGUGGGCCGCCUCCUUCCUCGCGCCCGAAGCCGCCGAGGUGCUGGACGUGCUGGGCGGGGUGGUCGUCGUUUUUGCGCUGCCCUCUCCCACCCAGCCCCGGGCUAGCAAAGGGGGGUCGGGUCCGGGUAGUGGUGGUUCGGGUGGUGGUUCGGCAUCUGGGGAGAGCGCGGCGCGGGCGAGGGAGCUGGUCGGGCAGGUUGGGCGGGUUGUGAAGGAGGGCUUGGGUGGGUGGGAGUGGGACGGGGUGGGGUUGGCGAUGGGGGUUGGGAAGGGGGUUGGGGAGGGUGGGGAUGGAGAGGAGUUGGACGAGUGGGAGGAUUUGUGUGCUGAGUGGGGGUUGGAGUUUGUUCAUGUCGCCGAGACUGGGAUAAAGAGGGGGGAAGGGGGGAAGGGAGAGGGGGGGAAGAGGAAUGAGUUUGGGGAGAGGAUGGGUUUGGCGAGGGUCAUGGAGGCCCUGGAGGCGAAUGACUGGUCGGGUGGCGGGAUGGGCCCCGAGGGAGAUGAAGGAGAUGGCUGGGAAGCGAAGGGACAGCAGGGCGGAGACGAGGACGAGGAACUUGACCCGGAAAAGCUCGAUUUCGGAUUUGAUCGGGAGGACUUUCUCGGGUUGAGGAAAGCCAUUUGGUCUGGAGGCGGGAAUGGGGGUGGGGAGGGCUCUCGCGGAGGUGUUGACGAAGAUGAGGAGGCUGGCGAGGACGAUGUUCAACAGUUAGAACGGAUGAUGAUGAAACUCCAAGCGGUGAGAGACGCAAGCGCCGGGCUACCGGAGGAGCAACGGAAGAGGAUGGCAGCGCGAGCGGUGGGUGAGGUCAUGAAAGAACUCUGA